AUGCUGGAUACAUCUUGUCUGCGGGGGGCUUUGAGCAGAGCCGCUCCCCAGAUAGACCCCCAAACAAUCGUCAUUGAAGUUGGCACCAGCGAGGUGCGCGUCGGAUUUGCGGGUGCUCUGCAUGCGGCUUGCCGACUCCCUGCAUUCGUCUCCCGCAGUAUGCAUGCUGAAGGCCUUAAGACGCUGUUUGGAUGGGAGUCCUUUGACAGCCGUGACAGCAGUGGAGGCUUUGGCUAUUAUCCUGUGUUUGCUGCUCACCCUGCACACUGCACCAGUAGCGGAGGUUCCUUGGAUUUGCUCAUGCUGCUUCUCGAUGAAGCCUUUGACAGAGCGUUGAAGGCAAGACCACAUACCAGCAGCAACGAGGAUAACAGCAGCUCCUGUUGCAGCGAGCGCAACCUACUGCUGGUGCUGCCACUACCAGGGGAGCCUCAGCUCUUGGCUGUGCUUCUUCGCUGGGCUUUUGAGCAACGCAGAUUUCGGCAAGUCAAAGUGAUGACAACAGAGCGAAUGGCAGUGUAUUUCCAUCUGCCCCAUUUGCCAGAUCUCUGCUCGCAACAGGGAGCACUUGUUGUCGACGUAGGAGAGUGUGGACUGCGGGUUUGCCCUGUUGAAGGCGCCUCUUUAUCGCCAAUUUCAUACUGCCGUUCUGAAUCUCUGGGAGCAGCGCAGCUGCUCUCCGAGCUGCUGUUGCUGCACUUGAGGAAGCGGAAACCCUUGCCAUUCGCCAACACUGCUACUGCUGCUCCUGCUGCUGCUGCUUCAGCUGCUGCAGCAACCUGCUCGCCAGACGCUGCAGCAGCAGCUGCGGCAGGUGACCAGGGAACUGCGGGUGCUCGCAGCGAAAAAAGAGAGGUGCAGCACGCGAAGCAGCCACAACUUCUUCCACAGCAGACUGCAGCAGAAGCAGCAGCAGCAGCAGCAGCAGCAGGGCACACUGCCGGAUUUUCAUUUGGUGCAGGCUCCGGCAGAUGGGGUCCUCAAUCACUCGAUUGGAGAGACAUAACGCGCUACAAAGAGACGCAGUGCUAUGUUAGCCUAGAUCCUGCGCUGGACUUACACCUCCACAGAAAUCACAAACAACUUAGGCCCCUCUUCACGUGCAGCGACGGCUCUGUAGUGCAGCCUUGGUCUGAAACGUUUCUGAUCCCAGAGGUUUUAUUCUCGCCGCAGUUGCUGCUGGACUCGAACCUCACCGCCGUUGCACCCAGCAUGGAUCACAAGAGCAUCAGCGAAAUGAUCAUACAGUGCUUCAAGCGAUCCUCAGUGUGUGAGCGCGAAGGGUGGCUGAAGCGCAUCUGCCUCGUCGGUGGCACUGCCCAGCUUCCCAACUUCGCAGAAAGGGUAAACGUGCUGCCCUGCGAGGAUCGGCAGCUAGCGGCAUUCCAUGGAGCCUUGCUCUUUGGGCUUGUGGCUCGUCAAGAGCCAGAGGCUUGGCUAAGUCGAGGACUCUAUGAGAGAACAGAAAGCCUCGAGAAGAGGGCAAGGCAGAUGGCGCUUUACAGCUAG